ACAACCUCCACCAGCAAGAGCAACACCACCACAGCCCUCCACAGCCCAGAAGCCGCAAUGCAGACAUCCGAGACUGGGUCGGACACAGGUUCAACAGUUACUUUACAGACUUCUGUAGCUGGCCAAGCAGCCGUGCCCACACAAGUGGUACAGCAGUUACCAGUACAGCAACAGGUUCAGCAAGUACAAACUGUACAGCAAGUACAGCAUGUAUACCCAGCCCAGGUGCAGUAUGUGGAGGGAAGUGACACAGUCUACACAAAUGGAGCUAUACGAACAACUACGUAUCCUUACACAGAAACUCAGAUGUACAGCCAAAACACUGGGGGGAAUUACUUUGAUACCCAAGGAAGUUCUGCACAGGUGACAACAGUGGUCUCUUCUCAUAGUAUGGUGGGAACUGGAGGCAUUCAGAUGGGUGUCACUGGAGGACAGCUUAUCAGCAGCACGGGAGGUACCUACCUGAUUGGCAAUUCAAUGGAAAAUUCAGGCCAUUCAGUGACUCACACAACACGAGCCUCCCCAGCUACAAUUGAAAUGGCGAUUGAGACACUACAAAAGUCUGAUGGUCUGUCCACUCACAGAAGCUCUCUUCUCAACAGCCAUCUCCAGUGGCUUUUAGACAACUAUGAAACAGCAGAAGGAGUGAGUCUCCCUAGAAGCACCCUCUACAACCAUUACUUGAGACACUGUCAAGAGCAUAAAUUGGACCCAGUCAAUGCUGCCUCUUUUGGAAAGCUAAUAAGGUCAAUUUUCAUGGGCCUACGGACCAGGAGAUUGGGAACCAGGGGGAACUCCAAAUAUCAUUACUAUGGGAUUCGUGUCAAGCCAGACUCCCCUCUUAAUCGGCUACAAGAGGACAUGCAAUAUAUGGCUAUGAGACAGCAACCCAUGCAGCAGAAACAAAGGUACAAGCCUAUGCAGAAAGUGGAUGGAGUCACAGAUGGUUUCGCAGCAAGUGGUCAGCAGACAGGCACAUCUGUUGAACAAACUGUAAUUGCCCAAAGUCAGCAUCAUCAACAGUUUUUGGAUGCAUCUCGAGCACUUCCAGAGUUUGGAGAAGUUGAAAUCUCUUCUCUGCCAGAUGGUACUACUUUUGAGGAUAUCAAGUCAUUGCAGAGUCUCUAUCGGGAGCAUUGUGAGGCAAUUUUGGAUGUUGUAGUGAACCUUCAGUUUAGCCUAAUAGAAAAAUUGUGGCAAACGUUCUGGCGCUAUUCUCCUUCAACAACAGCCGAUGGCACUACUAUUACUGAACCAAGCAAUCUGAGUGAAAUAGAAAGUCGACUUCCGAAAGCAAAGCUGAUUACUCUGUGCAAAAAUGAGUCAAUUCUGAAAUGGAUGUGUAACUGUGACCAUGUGAUGUACCAGGCUUUGGUGGAGAUACUCAUUCCUGACGUCCUUAGACCUAUUCCUAGUGCCUUGACCCAAGCCAUUCGCAAUUUUGCAAAAAGCCUUGAAGGUUGGCUUUCCAAUGCCAUGAACAAUAUUCCACAGAGAAUGAUUCAAACCAAGGUUGCCGCUGUAAGUGCCUUUGCUCAGACUCUGCGAAGAUACACGUCUCUUAAUCACUUGGCUCAGGCAGCUCGUGCUGUGCUGCAGAACACUUCUCAAAUCAACCAGAUGCUCAAUGACCUCAACCGUGUUGAUUUUGCCAAUGUCCAGGAGCAGGCUUCCUGGGUGUGCCAGUGUGACGACAACAUGGUACAGAGGUUGGAAACAGAUUUCAAAAUGACUCUUCAACAGCAGAGCACUCUGGAGCAGUGGGCUGCCUGGCUUGAUAAUGUAAUGAUGCAAGCACUAAAACCAUAUGAAGGAAGACCUAGUUUUCCUAAAGCAGCACGGCAGUUUCUGUUAAAGUGGUCCUUCUAUAGCUCAAUGGUUAUUCGAGAUUUAACUUUGCGCAGUGCUGCUAGCUUUGGUUCUUUUCAUCUGAUCCGUCUAUUGUAUGAUGAAUACAUGUUUUACUUGGUAGAACAUCGCGUUGCUCAAGCCACAGGAGAGACUCCUAUUGCAGUCAUGGGAGAGUUUGGUGACUUAAACGCUGUGUCCCCUGGAAAUAUGGACAAAGAUGAAGGCAGUGAAGUUGAAAGUGAAAUAGAUGAAGAACUGGAUGAAUCUGGAGAGCCACAAGCAAAGAGAGAGAAGACUGAAAUAAGCCAGGCCUUCCAGGUGGGCUGCCUACAGCCGGUACUUGAGGGUGGAGUACAGCAGAGCCUCCUGAAUCCUCUUCACAAUGAGCACAUUGUCACAGCUACCCAAACUAUAAGACAGUGCAGUGCUACUGGAAAUACUUAUACUGCAGUCUAACAAAUAUUAAAGCUACUUUUUCAGAUUAUAUUUGCCCUGUUGAUGUUGGGCUUAUCAUGGGGGAGGGGA